AGGAGCAGGCCCUCAGUCGGGACCCCGGGUUAGAGCGAACGCGGCUGUGCUCAGCGCUGAGAGCGUCCAGAUUCCGUCGCCGAGGUGCCACCGGGACAAAAAAAAAGUUAGCGCGGGCGAUUCGCGCAACUUGACGGUGAACGUACGUGCGGCAAAUAAUAGGAGGAGUGAGGCUCAUAUUCACGAGCAGAGUGCGCCAUUCUUAGUGGAGACUCUCCUUGAUUUCCUGUUAUCCUAUUACUUCCUUUGCUUGGUCAAGGCCUUUACGUCAUGCCCAGGGUAUUAAAGUAGUUGCCCCCGGCGCUGACGUCAGCGGAUUACUCGCAAGACUGUGACAAAUGGAUUAACUGUGUCUCAUCGCCGCCUCCAACAGGAUUAGCUGCAUCCACGACAAAAGCCGCGAGUGUAUCGGAAAACUGCUCCGGAUUAUGUGACGUGCUUCGGGUCGCGCAUCAGUGGCGAUUGGCCUGCCGUCGACGACCGGGAUAGUCCCAUGGGGGGGCUCUAGACACUCGGGGGGUGCCGCUCCUGCGCCUGCACCUGCUACCACGAUGUCUCCGCUGACGUUGUUCACGAACCCUACGGCGGGCGGGACACGGUCUGCCCACGGCGCCGCUCAGACAGUGGGCCUCUGGGCCACUCUCAGUUCCCUUGCUGUGCUGACAUUUAUGGUGCUUACACUAGCAGCCGUCGACGAGGACGGUCCUGCACAGAGCCGCCGGCCGCAUGUCGACGUGCCCACGUCGCCCCCCCAAGACUCCAGGAACAUCGCUUCGAGGGUGGCGUCGCGCCGCGUUCGUUCGGCCGAGGCGUCGCUCGUGUCGGCGCCCGAGAUCUUGAACCCCAAGCUGUUCCCGGACAUUGAGCAGCCGGCGUUCGACAACAGCACGCCGCGCAACGUCACCACGCAACAGAUGCAGACCGUGUACCUGCACUGCAUAGUCAACAAUCUCGGUGAAAGGACGGUGUCCUGGAUCCGCCGCCGUGACUUCCAUGUGCUUACGGUGGGCUUGACAACGUACACAGCUGAUGACCGGUUCCAGGCGGUGCACAUGGACCGCUCCGAGGAUUGGAUGCUGCAGAUCAAGCGCGUCCAGCCCACUGACGCCGGAGACUACGAGUGCCAGAUCAACAUGCACCCGCUCAUCUCCUACUUUGUGCGGCUAACAGUCUUGGUGCCACGCGCCCGGAUCCUGGAGGCACCGGAGCUGUUCAUCAACAGUGGCUCGUCUAUCAACGUGAGCUGCGCGAUCGAGCACAGUCCCGAGCCGCCAGUGUUUGUGUUCUGGUACCACAACGACCGCGUUAUCAACUACGACGAGACGAAAGGUGGCCCGGGUCACAUCUCGGGCACCAAGCGCCCUCCCGACGCGUACGUCAGCAGCCUUUUCAUACGGAACGCCCGACCGCAGGAUUCCGGCAACUACACCUGUGGCCCGUCGAACGCCGACUCCACGAGUGUCGUGGUGCACGUGCUCAACGGCGAGAAGAGAGCCGCCAUGCAGCACGACUUCUCGCCAUCGCGGGCCCUCCUUCCGGUCUCGGUGGAGGCGAGGCUGGUGCUCUGCUCCCUGUUCACGACGCUAGGCGUCGCCUUCAGGCUCACCUCUUCUUGACCGUCCUGCGCGACAAAACUCGUCACGCUUCUUCAAAGCUUCAUCGCUGUCCGUCCAAACUCACAGGCCCCCAAGAGAGGUCUGGCCGUCUCAGCAAAAGCUCAUAUGGGUUGCUGGGUGCCGUUCAAGCGCAUCCAAUCACUUCCACCCCAUCGUUCCUGCUGAAAGACAGUGUCCGUGUUUGUGCGUGAUGUGAUGGAGUGACUGAGCACUCGUGGUUUGUCCGGCCCGGUGAGCAGCGCGGGACCUGCAGUGCGCCAGCUCGGCACCCGCACGCAGCAGUGCCGCACCGCAGGGCUGCCGAAACGGUGCUCUUGUAGCAGGGACGAUUUCGUGACACCACAUACGAAAGUCGGCGAACGCUAAGUGGACCUACUGCAAGCCACGUCCUAGAGACGCACCUCGCCUGCGAAACAUACAUAACCUGUGCAUCACACGUUUCAAUGGUGAAAACGUACAUUCCAGGACGCUCGAAAUGUGCGCAGCAAUUCUCUAGCCAUUUGCGGUCCCUGCGACGAGAGCUCUUCUAGUCAUUAGUGAGAAGUCAAAGAAAACGGGAGAAAAGCGGGAUGGCAUUGUGCACUAAUGGCCUGGUGGUAGAAAUUUGGCAUAACUAUGUUACGCUCUUGUAUUGUUCCUUUGUUUCUUUCGAAGAAGAAACAAAACAAAACCAGACAUGUUAGAAUGUCGACUUUAUUCAUCAGCGUCAAGCCUUGUAGGCAGUAUUCUGACGGACUCGACAAAGCUACUAAAUCAUUUUGUAACGUAUAACUUGUGGUUGACCCUUCGUGACCCUAUUUGCUUUUGUGGUGCCAACCAGACAAACAAUGAAAUAGACCUGUUCCAUGAGGAUGUUUUAAGGCUGAGCCUAUGGCGUUUGUUUUCCGGGUGCUCCUUCAUACUACCUUUUUGAUAACGAAGCUGCGAUUUUUUUUUUUACCUGUAGGACCGUACUGGUUCCACGUGCUCGUUACAAAGGGAAAUUUUGAUCAGAAGGUAUAUUAUUUCCGCGAUCUAAUUUCCUAAAGCUAUUUCCUAAACGGGUGAGUAUAUUCAUGGUCACAUUGGUUAUCUGAGAAAAAAAAUAACUUCAGCUGUCAUUGGCAUGUAGAGUAAUAUUUACCGGUUCGCGUAAGCUUCACCCUACACACGAAGUUCAUCUACGUGCCCUGGAUUUCGUAGUACAUAUUUUGCUGAUUGCGGGCUAUGUCUGAGUGCUCGUUCUAUUGCAGGCGCUCGCGCUUACCUUCUGUACGUUGAAGUUCUCCUGUCAUGACGAGGUUAAUUUGAAAAGCUAUGAAGAAGCCUGCUGAAGAAGUUUUUUAUUGAUACAUAAUCGAGAUAAAAGAAUGCGCUCAUCGGCCAAGCAGAAAAGUUUUUUUUUCUUUGCCUUUCAAGAAACUGCUCGUCGGAUACAUGCGCACUUCGUGUUACCUUUUAGCAGGCCAUUUCCUAGCAUUGUAGGUAACUUUAGAUCUGCUCAUCUGACGAAAACCUGCUCACACUAUAAAAACGUUAAGGCGCACUUAACGAAAAGGAUGUUGCCAAAAAUUGACGUCCGAGAAACCAAACCGGCAAAGAGAUGAUGCCCGUUUCACGUUAUUCCUAGAUCCGCAAAUAUCGUGUUAUUUUGUUAGUUGCUGUCGAAGGGACGGAACCGGGCGCAUGUGUGGUAAACUCGUGCGUAGCGCAAUGGCAUCUCUCCUUUCUGUCAAGUCGAUAAAUGAGAAGACGUUGUUCUGGUCAGGAUAAUUGUAACUAAAUGGCUUGUUCUUCAUCGCUUGCCUCAUGUAUGUAUUAUUUAAGGGCGAGCACGUUCUGAAACUGUUUUUUGAGAACGUCGGUUAAGAGUCAUGUUUAACACUUGAUGUAAAAAAAGAGUUAAGUAGAUGUUGGUUGUACAUACAUGAUCACACAUUUUUGUGAAAUAAUAACUGUUGAGACUUUGUAAAUAAAGAAAGCUAUGUUGACAAACA